UUCCCUCUACCACACGAAGCUCGAAGCCUCUCCCUGAUAACUGACACUCCAAGAAGACCAAGACUUGAUCUGAACCCAUCCUCUCCUGAACUGAGCCAUUGCGAGAUCGAGGAUCCAAAUCCGAGAAAUGAGAAAACCUUCACAACAACAAUCACUUGAAGAGGAACUGCAACUUUUGUUGCGGAUGCAACAAGAAGGACAAGAUUACAGUCUUGACUCUGGCAAAGAGAAUGAUGCGAAGGAGGUGAAAAAUCGUGUGAGAGCCUUGAAAAAUAGGCUGGCUGCCAAGAAAUCACGGGAUCAAGCAAGAUGCUACGUUCAGAAACUUGAGGCCCAAAUCUCCACGCUUCAUGCGCAGAACGAUGGACUGUCUCAGCAGCUUUCGCUUGCAAACUUCAAGAUCCAGUCUUUGGUUGCCGAGAACGAGAAGUUGAGACGAAGACAAAGAAGUGACACCAAACCAAGGCAAGAUUCAAUUGAGCGGAAAUACAAGUACGAAUCAAGAUAUGCUGGAGGUCUGAUGGUCGAGACCAACGACGACGUCGACGGCUCUUCCGAUAGUCAGUCGUAUCACUCCUCCCCGGUCAACUUUCUAGCUUCAGAGCCGCCAGCAAUGGGCGUUGGGCUGGUGACAUUAGAGCAGUGGCGAAAGGAGAGGCGCCGUUUGCAGCACCGGAAAGCACAGCGGAAACAAGACCAUGCUGCCAACCACAAGAGCAGAACGGAGAAUCUCAAGACCGAACAGUCAACAGAGGUGCAGAGCAUGGAGUACUCCCAAGCUGAGCCCGUUCCUGUCAGUCAAGAGUCACAGUCCGUCCAGAUUGCAUCCGGCUGGCAAGGGACUUUUACUUUCACAACGCCGUCUCAGGAGCCUAAUGAUUUUCCUCCCCCGUCCUUGUCCAGGAACUCUUCAAACGGUCUAUCUCUCUCCCGACAGAACUCUUUUUUUCAAACUGCGCGGGAGGGAGAAGAGUUCUGGCUCAACCAGCUCUCUUAUUGCGAGAUAACAACAAUGUAGAAAUGCCUUGCAGGGUUUGAGUGCUUUCUCAUUUUGUUUUUUUUUGUUUAUUCAAAUAAAUAUGAGUUUGAUGUG